ACUGCUCUGGAUAGCUCCAAUCGCAGAAAUUGUAUCUUGGAUUACUUCUAACUUUGGAAUAUAUCUAAUAGGAUUGAUCAGUUACACUUGGACGAUUCUCUGGUCACUUUUUCUGUUAAAGCAGUUUUGUGACGAAUUUCGUAGAAUUCCUUUGGAGUGGUUUUAGGACUUUUCAAGGCGACGUAUAUUUCUGGACACAUUUUUGGAUCUAAAAACAUAUGGACAUCUGAGGUAGGUUUGAGGCAUUUUGAAGAGACGUAAAACUUCAACAUUUAAAAGUUUUCCCCAUUGGAUCGCCAUUUUUUGGAUUAUUCGCUAAAGAAACAGAAGCUUAUAAAUCAAAUGUCGAACGAGCCUCAACCGAAGUACAUAUAAGUCUAAACAUCAACCUCGACUGUCGUCAAACCUGGGACAUGGUGUUUUCCCGCCAUCAACUCGUCCGAGAUGAUCAGUUUUUCACCUGAUGCGGGGGAGAAGUAAUGUUUGUGGAGUUUACUGCGGCCCACUCCCCUUUGAGAGAAAUGGCCAGCGCUAAAGGAGUAGAUGGGCCAUACUGGGCCUACUCCCAUGAGUCCCCUGGUCGGAGUGAUCAUGAUAAGACAGAUGACUCUGGUGAUUUCAAAGUAACGACUGCAACUACCACUGCUGAUACAGAUACGAUGCGUCUAGAACCAAGUGCUAACGGCUCAAGAGAAUCGUUCACAAAACAUAUGGAGACCUUGUGGUUUACAGCUGGUGACUGUGAUGUUACACUUGUGACGAACACAACUACAGUCAAAGUGCAUAAGGCGGUAUUGUCGAAGAACAGUGAAUACUUCGAAACAAUGUUUUCAACGACGUGUUUAGAAACUUCACACAAUGUCGUCUCCUUCGAAGACGACCCUUAUGUCACGUCCACUGCCUUGGAUGCUAUUUUAGACCGUAUGUAUGAACGGCCUUUACAACUAUUAAAGAGUAACGUGGGUGAUAUUUAUGAGGCAGCACAGCAUUUCGUGAUGCCAGGGGUCAUUGAAGAAUGUGAACAAUACAUUGAUAGGUUCCCCAUCAGAAAAGACAAUUGCGCUUGGCUGUAUGAAACUGCUCAGAAGUUUGGUCGUUUAAUGGUAAUUAGACGAAUUGAGGUAUAUUUUCGUAACAUCGUGGUUGACUUGAACGAUGUAGACGUGUUGAUUCUGCUUGAUUUGGCAGUGGCAAUUUCAAACUCGGAUGGUGUGAUUACAAAAUUCCUUGCCUCUAUCGCUCGGGAACUGCCAAACCUUACAUCCUCUCAGAAACUACUUCAAGCAAUGACCGCAGAGAUGCUAUUGGACAUGCUGGAGGCUGAUAGGCACGGAAUGUUCACAGAUAUUACCUUGAUUGAAUUCAUCGUAAAGUGGGUAGAUACGAAUCCCAAGGAUAGAUUGCCGGCGCUCUCGGGACUGAUCACAAAGAUAAACUUUCUGUGCUUCGACAUGGACAGCCUGAAUGAAAUUACCACCAUGCCAUUCAUAAAGGAGGACAAAAUAGCAAAGAUGGAAAUUGGGAGGGCUGUGAUACGUCUAACUGCUAUCGGGCAAAAUAGCAUUGAUGACACAUAUUUUGUCGCAAUGCAUGACGAGGACAUGAAAUUCUAUUGCACCACUAAACAGUCCAUUGUAACAAUACCAGAUAUUUUUGUACUACCAAGUCGAAAGCAAAGAAAAGAUGAGGUCUAUUUGAACUGUUUAUCCUUAGUAUCUGUAGGUGCCGUUUUGUUCAUCUUGGGACGACCAGAUAGAAAUGGCGAAUCUCCAUGUUACAGCUACAAUCCUAGCCGUAAUAUCUGGAGGGAAUUGGCGUCUUUGCGAGGUUCACGAGAGAACUAUAAGAUGGUCUGCCAGGAUGGUGAGGUCUAUGCCCUCGGUGGGAAGGAGAACGGUGAAACGACAGAUCGUGUGGAUAUCUACAACUUCGGUGAAGACGAGUGGAAGGAAGGACCUGCACUUCCCUGUCCCAUUUCGUCCCCAGAGGCUGCUGUCUUACACGGUAGCAUUUAUGUGCGUUGCCCAGGCGAUCAUGACAAAGGAAUCGCUACGGUAAUCGAUGAGUUCAACUGCAGUAGAAAAUGGAAGUCUAAGGAAUUCCGAGUUGAUUUCAUCGGCAAAAUUGACUCGUUCGAUUACUUUAGAAGAAAAAAGAAGUUAAACUUUCUCUCUAGUAUGGACAGACUCUACUAUAUCUACUCAAUACCAGCUGGCAAGGUUCUGGUUAUGAGUUAUGAUCUAAACUCGGAGCAUCUGAAAAAGUUUACCACACGGACAAGCUUUAAUGGUCUCAGCAUUGAGUAUGCGAUGUCACACAUGGGUACAAUUUACCUUGUAGCAAGUUACAUCAAAGGUGGCCGCAUUGUAUCUUCUCUAUUCCGGCUUGAUGAACUCGCCAGGGAUAUUGAGUUGCUGGUAUACGACAUAGUGAUUCCACGUGGGGCCUGUGCUAUGAUCAGCGUCCCUAUCAAGAUAAAGAUGGAUUGCAGUGAUGCAAACUACAACAUCACUGACAUUAGCCGUCGUGGUGACGAAUCGGGUGAUUUCGGAGGAUCGGGUGCAACUGGCAUUACCUGCGUUGAUACAGAGCCUUGUCAAACUGCUGAACGUGAAUCGAAAGACAACUUUUCAAAGCAGGUUCGAGACAAGCGCUUAUUGUCCGCCGACACUGAGACGGGCAUCUCGAAUAUGAAAACGAUUGCAAAAGCGCAUGAUAAUGAAAUUUUGGCUGCGAUCAGUGAGUACUUUAACACCAUUUACUCAAGACCAUGUUCAGAUGCAUCGGAUGGUAUCGUCUCCUUUGCAAACAAUCCCAAUGUUCCAUUCGCUGGUUUGGAUGAUAUUUUGGACUAUCCAGGAUCCUAUCAACCUAAACAGAGUAAUGUCGCUGAAACUCUGGAGGCGGCGCGACAUUUCCAUAUGACAGAGAUUGCAGAAACGUGCGAGAACUUUCUUAACGAGUUGCCUGUAACUACAGAUAACUGUGUUUGGUUGUAUGAAACCGCUCAGAGAUUUGGAAUUGAAACACGUACCCUCAAGUUAUUCCUCCAGGCUUUUGAUGCAAACAUGGUCAAUCCCGAGAAUUAUCUACCAAUUCUUGGCAUUGCAAUAGCAAAUAAUUUGGAUGGACUGGUCACGAAAGUGAUCACCUUUAUUGCUCGGGAACUCUCAUCGCUUUCAUCCCAAGAACUGUUGGAAAUCAUGACGGAAGAGAUGCUCCUAGAAAUGCUAGGAGAAAACAGGCACGGGCUCUUUACAGACAUGACCCUUGUCGAAUUCAUCGUCCAGUGGGUAGGCAAGAGUCCGGAAAACAGGCUGCCAAUGCUGCGAAAGUUGAUGAAGAAGGUUAACCUUCUCUAUUUUGAUGUUGACAGUCUUGGUGCAAUUGCCAACAUGCCAUUCAUACGAGAGGACAAAAGAGUCAAGAAAGCCAUUUCAAGAGCUGUGGAAUAUUUGUCAGUUGUCCAGCAACACCGAUUGGACGAUUAUAUAUUUCUGGCGACAAUGCCUGACAGCGACAUCGUGUUUUACUGUACCACAGAUCAUAAAGUCACGAAAACCAUGUCAGAUAUUCUCGUCAUACCUAGCCGCAAGCGAGAAACACGUGAGGUCAAUCUGAGCUGUUCAUCCGUGUUAUCUCUCGGUGACACUCUGUUCAUUUUAGGCCGACCAAAUAAAGAUGGGGAAUCUUCGUGUUACAGCUAUAAUCCCAGCCACGACGUCUGGAAGGAACUGGCUUCAUUGAAAGGAACAAGAGAUCGCUAUGCGAUGGUGUGCCUGGGAAGUGAUGUAUACGUUAUUGGCGGGUUUAAGCGCAGAAAGAUUACACGAAGAGUAGAUAUUUACCACAUGAGUAAAGACGAAUGGGAGGAAGCAAGCCCUCUCCCUUGUUACCUGAGGUCAUUUCGGGCAGCAGUCUUACAGAGUAAAAUCUAUGUCUACGCCCUCUACAAAAAGAACCGCGAUCUCGAAACAGUAUUCAUUGAGUACGACCUCGACAAUGCACGAUGGGAGCUGAGGAAACUCGAUGGCAAUUUAUGCUCUGACCUAGGAGUGAUUGGCCACAUUCUUCCUGGUGUGACUGUUCUCUACCACAUCUACAAAUUCCCACAUGGCAGCCUCCUAGCUGAGCGGUAUGAUCCCAUGUCGGAGCAAUGGACGAAAUUAGUCAUCAGGCAAGGAUUCAGUGAUUUCAGGAUCGAGUCUGGACUAACACACAUGGGUAGAAUUUACCUGGUGGCAAGUUAUACCAAGAGUGAGGCUCCUGGGAGAAAGGUUUAUUCCUUAUUUUGGUUUAAUGAAGCCACAUCUGAAAUUACGCUUCUGUUAGAGUAUCUAAGGAUAGGCAGCGGAGUUGGAGCUAUGGUACAAGUGCCACGGGUUAAAUGGCUUAAUUUGCCCUGCUCAAACGCAGACAUACACGAUAUGAUGUGAUCAUACGAUAAUCGCAAAAAUAGUUACUUUAAAUGGAACAUUUUAUUUGUCCCAGUCUCAGUGCGGGAAUUCGGACAGUGUCAGCAAAUCACUGUCCGCUAUGAUUACCGAAGCGGCUAGCAGACGACAUCAAAUGAAUUGAAAGCACAGGCAGAUUCAACCGCGAUUAUUUUCUGUUCUUUGCCACUCGAUGUGGAUUUUCUGGUUGGUAUUUCUAGGCGAUAGCUCAAACACAUCUGUAAAAGAUUUAUAUUGAUGAUGCUGUCCUAAAUAAGCAGUGAAAUCAGUGUUUGUAUAGCCUACUUCUGCAUCUCAACUGGUUCAUUUUUCAUUGACACCUGAAAUACUCUGUUUCCUCAUGUAUACGUCCGUCUUCCUAUACCGCUAAUAAUGAAUGUAAGUUAUUUGAAGAGGGAUCGUAUUUCCACAAUACCAAGAAGGGAUGUUCUUAGGUUGGAUGGUUUUGUAUGGGAUAAUUUGAAUAGAGAUAAUUUUGUGCAAGCCCUUAAUGUGCCUUUUCUGCAGGAGGAAAUUCAGGGAAUUUUGUGUGAUUCUAUGAAUGACAGUAAUUUAGCUGUGGAAAAAUUAACUACCACUUUACAGGCUGCAGCUAAAAUGACUUUAAAAAAGAAGGGAAGAAAGAAAGUGAUUAAGAAGGAUAAAUUAGGGUUUGAUAAAGAAUGUAUCUUCUUGAAGCGUGAGGUUAUUUCUUUAGGAAAGGCCCUUGGUAAAGAUCCAAGAGAUCCUAUAUUGCGUGGUCGGUUUAUGAAGAAGAAGAAAGAGUUUAAGAAAGUGGUGAAAGAGAAAAAUAGAAAGGCAAAACAUGCCUUAAUGGUUAAGUUGACUAGUAUUGCUUCAUCUGAUCCGAAAGGUUAUUGGUCUCUUAUUCGGAAGUUGAAAAAAUGCCGCAAAGAGAAUCCCAUUGAUGAUAUUUCGUCUUGGUAUGAUCAUUUCAAUGGGUUAUUGAAUAACUUAGCAAAAUCUACGAACAAGUCCUUUGAUGACAGUUUUUUAAAGAAUAUGUCAUCUAAAUUAGAUGAGAUGAUUAGGGAGGAUGGGGCACAUGAAGUUUGUAAGUUACUGGAUGGUGAGAUAACACUUGAGGAAGUGACAAGGGUUGUAAAGAAAAUGAAAGUCGGUAAAGCGGCUGGUAAUGACAUGGUUCUGAAUGAAAUGAUAAAAUCAAGUCCCCAAGCUAUUAUUGAGGCUAUUACCAAAAUUUGUAAUCUUGUGUUGAAGAGUGAAUCAUAUCCUAGCUCUUGGGGGACGGGCAUUGUUUCCCCAAUUCAUAAAGGUGGUUCCCUUACUAACGUAGAUAAUUAUAGGGGAGUGACAGUGUCAAGCUGUUUGAGUAAAGUUUUUACAGGGGUUCUAAAUGACCGGUUAAAUGUGUUCCUCUCAGAAAAUCAAAUAUUAUGUGAGAAUCAGAUUGGUUUUCGUCCCAAGUUUAGAACUGCUGAUCACAUGUUCGUGUUGUCUUCUAUUGUUCAAAGUUUUAAGCGAAAGCAUCGUCCUUUAUAUGCAUGUUUUGUAGACUUGUCAAAAGCUUAUGAUCGGAUAAAUCAUAAUUGCUUGUUUUAUAAACUUCUAAAAAGUGGAAUAAGUGGGAAAUUUGUAAGAGUGAUUAGGGAUAUUUAUGAGAAAUCUGUUUCUUGUGUUAAAGUAGAUGACAGACUCUCGGAUCUUUUCAAACAGAAUAUUGGCCUCCGCCAAGGGUGUAUUUUGAGUCCAUCAUUAUUCAACGUAUUCAUUAAUGACUUACCAGAUUACUUGAAUACUCCAGACACGGACCCAGUAAUAUUUGAAGGAAGAAUUGUUUCCAGUUUAUUGUUUGCGGAUGACCUCUUAAUUUUGUCUCAGAGUUCGAAAGGUUUACAAAGAGCUUUAGAUAAAGUGUCUGUUUUUUGCAAGCGCUGGCGGUUGGUUGUUAAUAUAUCGAAAACGAAGGCAAUAUGUUUCAAUAAAAGGUUCAAGAAGGGUCUUUCCCUUAGAAUUGGUGAUGAACAGAUUGCGUUUGUUGAAUCUGUCAAGUACCUUGGUAUUAUGUUCUCUUGUAAUGGAUAUUUUAAGAAAGCAGAGCGGACAUUAACAAUUAAAGCAAAGCAGGCAGUUUAUCAGUUGAAUAAACAUUUUAAUAUUUACCAGGGUACUCAAGUAAAGACUCUGCUCAGUUUAUUCGAUUCUCUUAUAAAACCACAACUUUUGUAUGGUUCUGAGGUAUGGGGUGCUUAUGUUUUUCGUAAGCCUACAGUUGCUCACAUUAGAAAACAGGUAUUUUGUGGACGUCUUGAUCAUGAAUUGGUGCAUGUGAAAUUUUGUAAGUCAAUCUUGGGAGUUCGGCGCCAAACGUGUAAUGCUGCCGUUCUGGCUGAGGUGGGGCGUCUUCCUUUAUCUUAUACUAUUUUUAUAUCGGUCUUAAAUUUUAUAAAUCAUAUUAUAUCUAUGAAUAAUGAGUUAGCUCAAUUAGCUAUGAGAGCAGAGUUUAAGAACUUGCAAGUUGGCAUCUCCAGUUAUUUCGACUUCCCAGCUGUUUUACUGUAGUUGAUAGGAAUUGACUUGGUAGAUUUAGAUUUAGAUUCUGUAAAUAAGUCAUUUGUGGGGAAAAUAAGGGUGAAGAUUAGGGAGUUGUUAGAGCGUGCUUUGAUGGAUGAACUUAAAAGCAAAAGUAAGCUGCAGUUGUAUUCUUCUCUGAAGGUCAACUUUGGAAGAGAACGGUAUUUAGACUCAUUGGUUAACACUCUGUUUAGAAGAGCUAUUUCUAAGGUCCGUCUUUCUGAUCAUGAUUUUGAUAUUGAGUCUGGGAGAAGAAAAAAUAUCCCGAGGGAAAGAAGGCUAUGUUCUUUGUGUAACUCAGGUGAGAUCGGGUCUGAGUAUCAUGUCAUUAUGGAAUGUGUUCAGCCUGAUCUGAAGGCAAUACGUUUUCAAGCCCUAGAAGAAUUAAAUUUAAUUAAUGGUAUAUUUCGGGAGUUUGCGAGUCAACAGAUUUUUAACUAUUGUUUACUGGGGAAUGAUACAAAUAUUUGUCAUAUCGUGGGUGCCUUUUUAUGGAAAAUUUUGAAAUUGAUAAAAUAACUUGGUUAUUUUGUUUAAUGAUGUCAUGAUUUUGUCUAGUUGUUUUAUGUCUUAUUAGUUCUUUAGUGGUUAGCUUUGUGUAAGAAUGUAUACAUCAUGUAUUAUACUUUAUAUGUCAUAUACCUAUGUAAAUAACCUUUUAUAUGGUGACAAUAAAGUUUAUUUGAAGUUUGAAGUUUAAUACAAAACACAUGUAAGUGUCCAUACAUUGGGUGGGGAAUGCAAUAGGGUUGAUGAAUGGGAAUUGUCCAUUUGCUCUGCCUCGGUCACACCAUGAAUGAAGCCCAAACACUGCAACCCAUUCAAUCAUUUAAAAUCCCAUCGACCAAUGGUAGUGGACUGCAAGUAGUGGUUGUCUCUGGUCAUAUGUCUGCGCCACGAUCUGAGCCAAUCAGUCCAAUCCACAGGGCCUAACCUUUGUAUUAGGUAUGCAAGCUAUUCAUCCCUUCGGGCCUCUUAAAUAUGGCGCCCAAAGACGUAUACGUGAGGAAACAGAGUACAUUUAUUUAUGUUAAAAUACAAUGAUGCAGGAAACAAAUUGCCAAUCUUACAUAUGAAAUUGAAAGGACGGUAUUGGUAAUAAGUGCAAGGAUAUCUUUGCAUCUGGGUCAGGUUGCUCAAAACAAGUUAUGUCGAUAACUUUGCGUUAACUCAUGCAGUUAGCACGGUGGCUAAAGGUAUCGGUUUGCCUGAGAAAUAUACGCGGCUACCUGGAAAGGAAAUGACGACUUAGUUCAUUUUGAGGGGCGUAUUCUUAUUCGAUUGUACCCCUCCAACACUGUAAUGGAGGGGCCUUGUUUCUAUUGUGUUGUAAAAGGUAAACCAAUACCUUAACCCACGGAGGUUAAGCCCAUUACACUUAACAACAAGUGAAAGUUGCACAAGGACUAACUCUUUUGAAGAAUCAGUUCAUGUUCACUUUAUUCAUAACUGACCUUGGUGUCAGUGAGGAACUUAUGUGGCUAAAACCUUUCGGGACCAUCCAGUUUAUUUCAUGUAAAUCGUUUUUACAUACAUACUUUGUAC